AUGACGUUAAAUCCGCCGGACUACCUCUCGAUCCCUGAUCGUGAUGGAUCAGCCCCGGCCAGCCGGACGCUGCGUAAUCAGCUGCUGCGCCCGUUGGAGGGUAACGAGUUGGGAGCUACGAUUCUCAAGCACCAGGAGGUGGCGUCAUUCUUGCGCGGAACGCAAACUGACCGCAUGGUCGGCGAGGUGUUGGGCAUGUGCCCCGCCAAGGAGAUAAAGCAGAAGCUUGAGAUGAACACCGCGAGUGACCUUGAGCGCAUUUGCAGCACUAAGGUGAACCCGCGAUUGGCGCUGAAGAGCUUCCAGCGUUCCGACGCAAGCCGUGUGUUCAAGCCCGAGGAGACUCGACCUGCAGUCUGGUGUCGUCGCACCAUCUUCAACAUUCUGUGCUACUUCGUGGACGCAGACUUGGUGCAGAAGCCCUACUUGAUGCCGAAGAAGUUUUCGUACUUGGACGUGUACAACUUCCUGCGUGACCGUCUGCGCAGCAUUUGGCAAGACCUGACGGUCCAGCACUGCGCCAAGCACCGCGCCUACAUCGAGUGUUUCGAGAUUAGCAUCCGUUUCCUGAUUUACUCCAACGAGCAACUGUGUGAGAAUGAGGAAUACGACAUCGCGCAGAACCGCGGCCUGCUGAACACGUGUCUCGACAAGCUAAUGGAAGGCUACGAAGCCGUGCACAAGUACAAACACGUUCGACACUCGAAGCGCCAGAUGGAGAAGCAGCGCAGCGCUAACCCACAUUUUGACGAGGUGAUGGACAUUCUGGUGUACCAGUCUCCGCAUGAGGCUGAGUUUUGGGGUUAUCGGCUGCUGCUGCACAUCCCUCAGCUCUUGCUUCCCGGUGGUUCCGCAACGUUCUGCGACAUUAAACAGCGCAUGCCGGAAUCUCUGCGCGAGUCGCCGCUUAUAACCUUUGCCGUGGAGGUGUGCCACACGGCUGCAUCGCGUAACCUGUAUCGCUACUUCAGACUGAUGCGUCGCGAGGACUGCCCUGCGCUUUACGCCGCGCUUAUGAACAGGUUCGCAGCCUGCCUUAGGGUCCAAUUCCUCGAGACAUUGGUUGUGUACAAGGUUGCGAAGAGGGGAGUGAACCCUAUGGAUAUGGGAACUUUCAACUCGUUCUUCGGUUUUGACGGCGAACCCGCGGAGAACGCAGAGAAGUUGUUGAAAAAGUACGAUAUCACCAUCUACAGCUCCGGGGAAAAGCAGUAUUUGGAGUUCGAGGGCGCCAAUGCGAACCAGUUGACGUACGACAGUGCGGCGUUGCAGAAGCUGACCAAUAAAUUCCAGACGACUAGCUCUUUGGUGCGCUCGAAGCUCGAGAGUUAUGCCUCUCGCCAACUUGUAUUUGACCCCGACUUCGAAUACCCUGAAGGCACGGGUCCUGACACUCCCGGCACACCGUAUGUUGAGGAAACUCCCCCGGAACCUGAACCGCCUGCUGCACCAGCCCAACCACAACAGCCCGUGUUUUCUUUUGGCAAGGCUGCAUUUCCGGGUUUCCCAGCUGCGCCUGCACCAAUUGGAAGCGGUCUACCUGCCAUUGGUUCAGGCUUUGACCCCCCAGCGUCUAGCAAGAUUGCGUUAUCAUUUGGACAGUUGCAGAAUGCUCCGGAGUCCAAGCCUUUUAGCAUCUUCGGAUUUGGCGUAGAGCCUGUAGAACCUAAGCCGUUCGCUUUCGGAACUACUUCUACUACGCCAGACCAGAACAUUUUCGGCUUCGGUUCCUCAGCUUCGGCCGCUGCAAGCAACACCAACCCGUUCGGUUCAGGGUUCUCGGCCACUGGAGUGUCUGCACAGGCGCCAUCUAAGCCAUUAGUGACGCAGCCAGAAACAACGCCUACAAACGACAACGUCAAGCCCUUUACGUUUGGCGCUGUGCCCAGUCAGACAAGCCCAUUUAUAUUUGGCGGGCCUCCCGCCACUACGGAGAAGGAUUCGGACGCAACUGUACCUGCUUCAGCCAGCAACAUUGAUUCCGUUGGAAACACUUCGAGUUCAGCACCGGAAUUUACGCCGCCGUCGUGUGGUAUACGGUCAACUGCGCCUCCUCCAGAGUCGGACAGCAACACCAAAGCGGUUAGUGGCGACAGUACACUUGAGCCGGGAGAGAUAUCUUCGAAGAAGAGUUUUGUGCUUCAAGCUCCUCCUUCAGACGACAAAUUGCCACAACCGUUGUUUUCAUUUACCGUUGACAGCACCUUCGCAAAGCAAUCGAAGCCUCCGCUGUUUACCAUACCAAGCACUUCAGCUACGGAUAAGGAUGCCAAUAAAGAGGCUCUUCCACCAACCGCAGCACCAGAAUCGGCCAAUGAUUCAAAGCUGACGUUUACUUUUCCGGAUUCCAAGCCUGCGUUCCCCAAUAUUUUCGGCAAGCAGCCCGCCGAAUCGGCGCCUCCACCAUUGCCAUUAUUCGGCAACAUACAGCCAACGCCGGCCAGCGAUCCUCAGAGCGUCGCAAGUGACCCGCUGCCAUUAGCUCCAGUUGAGGAAGUUGUAAGUCCUGAACCAGUGAAGCAAAAGGAAGAGCUCGAAGACGUUUACUCGUUGAAAAGGAUCAUGGAAGCAUAUGAGAAUGCGAAGGCAGUAAAGCGAGUCAAAUUAAUAAAACCCAAACUUACAAGUGAUGUGAACUCCAUGCGACUCGAAGGCGCAGUGCAGAUGCCUGCACGUAAGCGUCUACUGCACCAUCUUCGAAGUCUGGUGGGUUCAAUAUUGGACCGUGCAGUAACUGGUGCGAUGUUUGGCCGACAUUCAUACAACCAGUUUGACGGACCGGUGGUUUUAGGAGGGAUAGAGGAACCCAUGAGGAAGCGUUUCCGGCGUUCUGUAAGAUCGCCGUCAUCGGAUGCCAAUGUAACUCAUUCGGAUGUCUAUGCGGCAUCACAGUCGUCAUCUAGACGGGAUUUAGGAGAUGGCAAGGGAUUUUCAAUAAAGCUAAUCCACGUCGAUGGUUUCGCGCGCGAGGGCAGCCUCCGAGACAUAUCCACUCAUCGAUGCGUUGAAGUUCUGUACCUCAAUCGACAUGGCAGCGAGCGAUUCUUGGUGAAAGCCUACAUCAAGUAUCUGGUUGAUCACGGUGUCAGGUGCAUCAUAAAGCCGUGCUACACGUGUGAUUCGUGCUGGAGAAACCACGGUUACGACAUGCAGGAGGUUCUAAAGAUUCUAGGCUCAUCAACUGUUCAAGUAACUAAAGGAGUGUACAAGUUGGCACGGUUUAUCUUACGACAUGCCUCCAGAGCCACUGUGAAGGUAGCCAAAUAUGUUCAAAAGCGGCUACGUGAUGCGCAAGAUGGCGAUGCUAGCGAGACAGAUGUUCCACACUCACCUCCACUCAUGCAUUCCGGUGACAUGGGGCAUCUUGACCUGGCUCUCGUCACCGAACGCGCUUUAAAAGACAUGGCCAUUUCCACGAGUUCGCGUGCACUUGCCACGGGUAAAUAUUUGGCGGGUGUAUACGGGAGUUCUUCACGUUUGGCGCACCGGUUUGCCGACUGUUUCAAGGAGUCGAUGAAUAGCGAUGUUUCGCCAUUGGAAUUGUUGCUACGAGUGGCAAUCAGAAAAUUGGACUCCAUAAUUGGGAGCACUACUGCAAACAUGCAUGACAGUUUGGGCUACCAAGCACCCCUGCACGCCUAUAGCGUUUGGGCCACGGGUAUCUCUUUCCACGUGGCGCUCUUUGACCCACUGGUGAUACGGAGCGAAUUGUUGAAGUCGUCGAGCGGCGGCUCUAACGCUCGUGACAUAAUGGCUGAAGGGUUGCUCAAACGGUUAAUUGAGGAGUACCACGGCUCGGACUACUGCCUGCGCCUGAAGCAGGAUGUGCUCCAUAUGUCCGGAUUUGACAUCGGUGCAGAUCGUCUGGUCCUGGGUGAAGAUGCUCCCAGGCGGUUGAUGAUGCAAUGUUGUUCUGCCAGCCCUGUGGUAACGAAGGAGGGCGAAUCUAAAAUGCCGUUAACAGUGGCAGUUUCGUUGAACUUGCGUGACGAUGGUUUUGGCAUACAAAGAGAGGUGCAAUUUACUCCGUGUUCAAGGGAACGCAAUCUGUCAUCUGUUUCCCACGGCCUCAAAACGAACGGGCACCAUGACGGAGAUGCGAACGGUGAAAAUGUGGCCAAGGAUUAUCAUCUUCGCCAUCGUUUAGAAGUCAUUCCUCCGGAAGAUCCGAGGUACUACAACACGGCAUCAAUCGCUCUAUAUGCUCAUUCUAAUCCGGUUUACAUCGGCAAGGAGGAAUUGCUGCACGAGCUGUUCACAUCCGCCGCAAUGCCAGAUCUGCCAUCCAUUAGCAGUGGCAUAUCUGCUAUAGACUCGUACGGCAUCCUGUCAACGUUGCUGCAUGCCAGCGGACCAGAAAUAGGCGGGCGGUAUCGAACGUGCGUGGUGUGCUACCGUCUUUCUGUUUCUAGACUGGAUUUGCUGACCUUAUACGAGUACUUCAACACGAGCCUGCCAAACACGGUAAGCAUAUGCGGGUGUGCUGAAAAGAACACGGAGACAUGUGCAACGAGGCUUGAACAGGUUAUGUUGUCGGUGGAGGAACAGAUGUUGACCGAGGUCAUCAGAUACGCGUCCAGCAUUGGUGUACCUGUUGACGCUAGCUUGAUGCGCACGCGCAUUGUUUUCGCGUGCGUUGGUUUCGAGCAGCAUUACGACGCACGAGGAGCCUCUAUGGCAACCUGUGCUAAAUGUGUGGGACAGGAUACACCCGAAGGACAGGAAGCCACAAGUCAAGAGGAUGGGCCUGUUUUACCAAAACACAUGAACGAAGAGAGUAGUAAUACGCAUUGCCACUCGGUAAUGCGUAUUCCUCGCCUGGUUUACCUCGAAGGAUUCCGUCGAGGCCUUGAGUUGGCUGCUAAUGCAACUGUAAAAUCGCAAGCUGUCUUUGUGCUUCAGAGCCCGUUUGCAAUCCCGGAUCUUCACACAUUCCUCUCACGGCUCCUGAAGUCGUCGCAAUUGGAUUCCGAAGGCGUGUACACGGGUAUGUCAGGAGUGUUAACGGCGUGCCUCGAUCGCAUAAUAUCGCAUGUUACAUCGCAUUUCGCCGUAAGCCACUGGGAUGUUAACACAAGCGCCGUUAUUCACCAGGAUGUAGCAAUACCGUCCGAUUUCGAUAUAGACGCUGGAACGGUCUCCAUGUAUUCGAAGGAAUCGUUUUUGCUGCUGCUGCGCGCUUUGCAGAUAGCAGCCACGCAGGCCAGUUCCGAGGCCGCCCGUGAGAACUUCAAGGCGACUAUAACGGCUGAAGAACAUUAUAACGCCAACGCAUUCAUUUCCAGAGUGCUGGACAAGGUUGUAGUGCGCACGUAUCACGUGCCGUAUGCAAUUGGUCUUUAUAUGGAUACUCUGGGUGGCAGGCAGUCGGCAUAG